GUACUUACUAAAGCACAGACCUUCCAAGUUCCGACGAAAUCUAUCGCCUCAAGCCCCUUCCAUCCUUCUUUUCUUUCUCCCCGUCUCGCUUUCUCGAUUUUGUUCGUCUUUCCUUGCAGUCGUCGCUACAAUCCAUUUAAAUCCAUACUCGUGCUUAGACACACCCCCGACGACCUCGCCCUCUUUAUUUGCUGCGCCGCAUCCAUCGCCGUUGCUGAAUUCUUCCAACGCGCUCUUCCGCCAAACCCCCGCAAUCUUUUCCCCCAUCUUCAAGCCAACAGGAUGAAGAUCUUCUCGACGUCGCACGACUUUGACUACUCGUGGGAGGAGGUUUCCGCCGCCAACUGGCGCAAGUACUCCCCUUGGAACGAGAAGACGCCGCACGUCAUCGCCGUCGAUACCCUCGCGCGUCAUGUCGAUCCGGAGACGGGCAUUCUCCGCACCGAGCGCCUCAUCACCUGCAAGCAGUCUACUCCCAAGUGGCUCAACUCCUUCCUUGGCGGCCAGGACGUGUCGCAUGUCUACGAAACGUCCUACGUCGACCCGCGCAACAAAAAGGUUACCAUGUGCAGCAUGAACAUGACCUGGUCGGAUCUGCUCUCGGUGCGCGAAACCGUCGUCUACAAGCCAACCGCAUCCGCGCCCCGCUCCAGGACCACUUUUGAGCAGAACGCCCAGAUCAUUGCCAUGUGCGGCGGUUGGCAAAAAGUCAAGAACAGCAUCGAGCAGUUCACCGUCGACCGUUUCCAGCAGAAUGCGACCAAGGGCCGUGAGGGCUUCGAGAUGGUGCUCGAGAUGAGCAGGAGGGUUUUCGCUGAGCAGAGGGAGGCGAGGAGGAUCGAGGCCAGAUUGUAGCUGGGUCGCACGUCUGGCGCAUCAAAGCUUCAACUUGCGCAACGUCCAUUCGGCGGCUUGCAUGUCGACCCGUCUCCUCCCUCUACGGAGAACCUCGGCUCGCCAACCGAGACACCGAUGUUCACCACCAUCGACCGGGAACACCCGCCAGCCCCAGCUUCGACCGACUCAAACCUCACUUCUCACUCCUUCUUGCGUUCUAGCGUUUAUCUUUUCCCCUCACUUUAGGCUUUUGGCAAGGCGUUCUGUCACUUGAGAAGAGGCACAAAAAAAGUUUUGGAUUUCGGUAUUAGACCACAGCAUUUGGGACUGGAGUUCUUUUCUUUGUUUUAUUUUUACGAUUAUCGACGCGUAGAUGGCAAGCAAUUUUUCAUUCUGCUGCAGAUUAUAGACAGGUAGGGGUUCGGUCUUUCGAAAUCAUAAUGUUUGAUAGAAACAACUCGAUCAUACGAACAGACAAGUCCAGACGCAUGUGUUGUUCAGAG